AUGCUCCUUGGGUAUUGCCCCGGAUACCCGGGCGGCGAGAGCUACCAAGACCUCUUCUUGAGGCUCGAGCCCGUCAUCUUCGAGAUGCUCCGCGAGCGGUCGCCGCUGCUGGUCGUCGGGCACCAGGCCAUCCUUCGAGUUCUGUACGGUUACCUAACCGGGAAGGCGCCAGGGGAGUGCCCGACGAUUCACAUGCCGCUGCACACGGUCAUCAAGCUCACACCCAAGGCGUAUUCUUGCGAGGAGGAGUGGCACCGGCCCCUGGAGGAGUGCACGGACCCAGUGCCAGACGUCAAGCACCCAACGAGCGACGCCUGCAGCGCGUAGAGUCCUCGCAUCUCCCGGCGCCCGCGGGGGUCGAGAACAUGAUCUUUGCGAGAAGAUGAUUGAAGGCACGCCGAUAGGUAGAGGGCAAAGCUGGAUGUUUUUGACGAGACGAGGCGAAUUGCGCCGCACUCCGAUUCGCGUGCCCCCCCUUUUUUUGGGAAGGGGGGGGGGGGGCGGACAGGCGUGACGGAUGGUCCGUGUUUGGAUGCGUUUGUGCUUCUUUGCGAAACAAACGGCCGCGUCUGCUCACCGGUAUUUGCCCUCAGACUAAACGAAAAUACGUUAGCGGGUAUAGAUCCCGGCCCCCCAACAGGGGGACCAACGUUUCGUAGAAUGGGCGACACGCCCAGAAAGAACACCAAAGUUACGAACUCUACAGGAGUGAUUUUUUGUUCUAGUUUUGUGUUUUUUUUCGGAUGCAUGGUUGCAUGGCCUCAACUGGGAGGGAGAGAGAGAGAGCGAUGCUAGGCGGCGGCCUGUAUGUACACAACAGCAGUAGACAUGACGCUGGCAUGCAGCGCUAGAAUUAUGUUACCUGCUUGCCGAUUUUCAACUCUUUCGCGCGCUCCCACCCCCUGCACAAGGGACAUGUUGUGGAAAAAGAGGUACAGCCUGCAAGAGGCGCGUGGAGCAAACAUGUGGUAUGUGCUUAGACUCGAUGGGGGCUUGAAACCCAACCGCCCCGCGCCCUCGCCCUCGGUUUUCCCCUGAUUUCUUGUCAGCAGGGAACGGCCACGCCGUUGUUGUUUGUCGUGUUGUAUUCUCAUGUGUAGUUUUCUGCUGGCAGUAUUUAGUCGAAUUGUUCGGAGCGGGGCACAAGGGUGUCACCAACGGUCUUGUUUGACAGAUUUUACCGUCCAAGAGGCAGGCGGAAGAUUAGCUACGAGCUGUGUGUUUUGCGAUACGCCAACUAGUUGCCAAAAAGUUGAGAAGCUAAUCGCACAGCAGACAAGUCAGAGGUAGUGGCUGUGGGUAGAUCGUUUUUGAAUUGUUAGAUGUCUGGCUUUCUGCGCUGGACGGGGGGAAGUUUGGCCGAAAGAAAGAGAGAACGUGCGCGUGCGGGCAUCGUAUAGGCAGCGGCGUGGCCUUCACCAUCCCCUACGAUAGAGGCGCUGUGUGAACUUAGCCAAUGUGUCCUGUCCGGGGGGGGGUUGUGUCUGUCUGAAGGAAGGCGGGGACGACGGUGGGGUAGCGGGUAAAUUCUCCUCGGGCCUAGGGGUCGACACGCUCCGGCCCUUUCACAGGCUAUCAUGCUAUUUGGCUUUUGAAAACGUACCAACCGCGGUGUCCACAGCAGCAGUAGAAAGCUACUUUGCAAGAAAAGCAAGCAGACACGUAAAUAUCGUUUUUUGAGUGAAGGGAUAUAUUUCUAGAAGUCCAGUACGGUAUGUAGCAACGUACCGCGCGUUGUGUCGAUGUUUGUUGUUCUGUUGUGAUUCUUUAAGGAUAGUCUGGUCUAUUCUGCUAACAAGACGACACUGCACGUUGUUACUUGCCCUCAGACCCACCACCUGGUUGGCAGUUGUUCAAUAUUUUCGGGGCGGUGCUCACAGUUUUUGUCCUCCCAGCGACUGGCUGCUGUGAGCAUGUAUGUUUUUUUGCGUCAAUUAAGUAAGGUGGUGGUGAUGGAAAAGGGAGUGAGUGGGAGGCAUAAGCAAUCGGUCGAGUUGGUG